AUGGCUCCCGGUCCUUUCUCCUCUGCGCUGCUCUUGCCACCACCUGCAGCCCUGUCCUUCCUGCUGCUGCUCUGGACAGGGGCAUCUCGCGCCCAGCCCUGUCCUGGCCGCUGCAUCUGCCAGAACGUGGCGCCCACGCUGACCAUGCUGUGCGCCAAGACCGGCUUGCUCUUCGUGCCGCCAGCCAUUGACCGGCGUGUGGUGGAGCUGAGGCUCACAGACAACUUCAUUGCGGCCGUCCGCCGCCGAGACUUCGCCAACAUGACCAGCCUGGUACACCUCACCCUCUCCCGCAAUACCAUCGGCCAGGUGGCGGCCGGCGCCUUUGCUGACCUCCGUGCCCUCCGGGCUCUGCACCUUGACAGCAACCGCCUGGCCGAGGUGCGUGGUGACCAGCUCCGCGGCUUGGGCAACCUCCGCCAUCUGAUUCUUGGAAACAACCAGAUCCGCCGGGUGGAGUCGGCAGCCUUCGAUGCCUUCUUGUCCACCGUGGAGGACCUGGAUCUGUCCUACAACAACCUCGAGGCCCUGCCCUGGGAGGCAGUGGGCCAGAUGGUGAACCUGAACACCCUCACGCUGGACCACAAUCUCAUCGACCACAUCGCCGAAGGUACCUUUGUGCAACUUCACAAACUGGUUCGCCUGGACAUGACCUCCAACCGCCUCCACAAACUGCCCCCUGACGGGCUCUUCCUGAGGUCCCAGGGCCCCGGGCCCAAGCCGCCCACGCCGCUCACGGUGAGCUUUGGCGGCAACCCCCUGCACUGCAACUGCGAGCUGCUCUGGCUGCGGCGGCUGACCAGGGAGGAUGACUUGGAAACCUGUGCCACCCCCGAGCACCUCACUGACCGUUACUUCUGGUCCAUCCCGGAGGAGGAGUUCCUGUGCGAGCCCCCGCUGAUCACACGGCAGGCGGGGGGCCGGGCCCUCGUGGUGGAGGGCCAGGCAGUCAGCCUGCGGUGCCGCGCCGUGGGCGACCCCGAGCCCGUGGUGCACUGGGUGGCACCUGACGGGCGGUUGCUGGGGAACUCCAGCCGGACCCGGGUCCGGGGGGAUGGGACGCUGGAUGUAACUAUUACCACCUUGCGGGACAGCGGUACCUUCACCUGCAUCGCGUCCAAUGCCGCCGGAGAAGCCACGGCGCCCGUGGAGGUGUGCGUGGUGCCCCUGCCUCUAAUGGCGCCCCCGCCGGCUGCCCCGCCGCCUCUCACUGAGCCUGGCUCCUCGGACAUCGCCACGCCCAGCCGACCUGGUGCCAAUGAAUCCGCCGCUGAGCGCCGGCUCGUGGCGGCGGAGCUCACCUCCAGCUCCGUGCUCAUUCGCUGGCCAGCGCAGCGGCCCGUGCCCGGCAUCCGCAUGUACCAAGUCCAGUACAACAGCUCCGCUGACGACUCCCUCGUCUACAGGAUGAUCCCCUCCACCAGCCAGACCUUCCUGGUGAAUGAUCUGGCGGCAGGCCGCGCCUACGAUUUGUGCGUGCUGGCGGUCUACGAUGAUGGUGCCACGGCGCUGCCAGCCACGCGCGUGGUGGGCUGCGUGCAGUUUACCACGGCCGGCGACCCAGUGCCCUGCCGCCCGCUGCGGGCCCACUUCCUGGGCGGCACCAUGAUCAUUGUCAUCGGGGGCGUCAUCGUCGCCUCGGUCCUCGUCUUCAUCGUUCUGCUCAUGAUCCGCUACAAGGUCUAUGGCGACGGAGAUGGCCGCCGGGUCAAGGGCUCCCCGAGGUCACCCCCGCGGGUCAGCCACGUGUGCUCGCAAACCAAUGGUGCAGGCGCGGCCGCGCCGCCGGCGCCCGAGUGCCGCGUGGCGCUGCGCGAGGAGGCGGCCGCGGCCGUGGAGGUGGAAGCCAAGGCCGCAGGGGCAGAGACGGCAGCGCCCGCAGACCCGGAGGCGGUCUUCGGGCGCCCCCUGGGCGGCUCGGCCACCUCGCUGUGUCUCCUGCCAUCGGAGGAGACCUCUGGGGAGGAGUCUCGGGCCGCCGUGGGUCCUCGGAGGAGCCGCUCGGGGGCCUUGAAGCCGCCAGCCACGGCGCCCUCCGCGCUGGCUCUGAUUCCGGGGGCGGCGCCCGCACGGCCGCGGCCGCAGCAGCGGUAUUCGUUCGACGGGGACUACGGGGUGCUCUUCCAGAGCCACAGCUACCCGCGCCGCGCCCGGCGGACAAAGCGCCACCGCUCCACGCCGCACCUGGACGUGGCAGGCGGGGGCGCGGCCGGGGAGGACGGAGAGCUGGGGCUGGGCUCCGUCCGCGCGCGCCUGGCCUUCACCAGCACCGAGUGGAUGCUGGAGAGCACCGUGUGA